UGCCCAAUGACUUGGCUCUAACAGUUGUCCUCCAUACUGCCAACUACAUGUUGUUCUUACUGGCCUCUCUCUGAACCACACACUCCAUUUACCGGAAAUAUGAGCAAUUAUUCCCUUUAGUUACCCUCUCUGGUAACAUUGACAGCUGCUGUUUGGGCCGGGGCUCUGAAACAGAAUAAGUGGUUAGAGAUCAGAAGUGUCGUGGUCACCAUGGUGCGUAAUGUGGACGAUCUGGACUUUUGCCUUGCCUCCCACCCCCAGAGCAUCCUGGAGGGGCUACGCUCCCUCUGCUGCAACCCCAAACUAGUGGACGUGACUCUGGCAGCGGGCGGCCGCGACUUCCCCUGUCACCGGGCCGUCCUGGCGCUCUGCAGCGUCUACUUCCACUCCAUGUUCUCCGGGGACUUUGUGGAGAGCAUUGCAGCCCGGGUGGAGCUGCACGGUGUGGAUCCAGACAUAAUGGCUUCCCUUCUAGACUUCUGCUACACAGGGAAACUCACCAUCAACCAGGGAAACGUGGAGGGCCUGAUACGCACGUCCAGUCAGCUACAGUUCCAGGCGGUCCGGACUGUGUGCAGCCGUUAUCUCCAGCACCAGAUCGAUGCCACCAACUGCCUGGGGAUCCUGGAGUUCGGGGAGGUACACGGCUGUCCCGAGGUGGUAGCAAAGGCCUGGGGAUUCCUUCUGGAGAACUUUGAGGCCGUACAGCGCUGGGAGGAGUUUCCUCUUCUGGAGAAGGAGAGGUUAGUGGCGUGUCUGUCCAACGAGAGGCUACAGACCAGGACAGAGUGUACCCGUGUGGAGGCAGCCCUGGCCUGGGUGAGACACCACCAAGAGUCCCGACUCCCCCACCUCCCAGAGCUUCUGGGGCUGACCCGCCUAGCCCUCCUGUCCCCUGACUACCUCACUAACACCCUAAUGAAGGACAGCCUGGUUCUAGCCUCUCUCAGCUGUGUGGAGGUGGUGGAGAGGGUAUGCAGAGAGAAAAUGGACGUGAAGCCAGGAGAUGUGGUCCAGAGUGGCAGCCCGAGUCCCCAACCCAACCUGGAGGAGGUGUUAUUCGUGAUGGGAGGACGCUCGCUGGACGACUCAGAUGACGAAGAUGAUGAUGAUGAAGACAGAGACCCCAGGCUGCUGCCCGGAAACUGUGGCUUCUACAACCCUAAGACACAACAGUGGUAUGAGUUGCCAGUCUUCCCCAACCACAACAAGUACGGAUACUCUGUGGUCUCUUUGAAUAAUGACGUUUAUGUCACAGGGGGCUCGAGGGGUUCCCAAUCCAACACCUGGUCGACCACAGAGACCUGGAAGUACAUCACCAGAGAAGGACGGUGGGUGACGGUGGCUCCCAUGCUCCGUCCCCGGACUAACCACACCUCAGCAGCCCUCAGCGGAGAGAUAUACGUCAUCGGAGGCACUACAAUGGACUUUGUAGACAUUGAGCACUAUGACCCAUACAAUGACACCUGGGCCCGGACGUGCCCUGCAGUGAAAUAUGUCACAAACUUCACAGCGACUGCCUGCCAUGGGAAACUGUACGUGAUAGGCUCCUGUGCUGUUAAAUACAACGCCUUGACUCUGCAGUGCUACAAUCCUGUUAUAGAUGGGUGGAGUAUCAUCUGCUCUCCCUUCAUCCCCAAGUACCUGUCCUCUCCUCGCUGUGUCUCAGUGGAGGGGCUCAUCUACCUGAUCGCUGACAACACCAAGAAGGUUUACUGCUACGACCCACUGGCUAACAUGUGGCAGAAGGUCCAGCUGCUGCACAUGCUCCAUGAGAACGGAGAUCUGGUGGCGUUGGACAGUCAGCUCUUUGCGACGGGGGGUCACUGGAAGGGCAUGGAGGGGGACUACGGGGUGGAGGUGGAGGUGUACAACAGAGCUUCUAACAGCUGGAAGGUGGAGUGUUUCCUACCAAGGCUCUGGAUCUACAGCGGGACAUGUUCUAUCUUCCUGGACCCCUCCCAGUGGUCCGACCCAUUCCCCCUCGAUGAAACCUAAAUGGAACGGUCGGGUCCAUGGCACUCAGCACUUGAAGUGGAAAGAUAGAGGUGCUGGUACUCAUUUUAGGUACUGAUUUUAACUUAAAAGUACUGGUGUAGUCGACCAGAUUGUAGGAGUGAAUAUUCUAGAUGUGCAGUCAGCACUUAAAGGUCCAGUGCAGUCAAAAACAUGAUGUUCCUGUGUUUUAUAUAUGUGUAUUUCCACACUAUAAGGUUGGAAUAAUACUGUGAAAUUGUGAAAAUGACGACAAUGCUCUUUUAGUGUAAUUGCUGUUUGAAAAGACUCCCUGACAUUUGAGCCUGUUUUGAUGGGAUGGAGUUUUGGUCUGCCUGGUGACAUCAACAGACCGUAAAUUAGUUAAUUGGCCAAUAAGAAAGAAAGUUACAAACCUCUCUGCCAAAUGCAGCUAGUUUUCAGAUUUCCACUCCCCACUCAGAACACUCCCGGAAAGUCCUAGCAAAACAUCAUUUAUUGAGAAAUUGCUCUUUGCUAAUUAAAAUAAACCACUUAAUUGUUACCCAGAAAUGAUUUAAUAUGGAGACCUUUAAUUAAGCAGUAAAUGCAGGUCUAAUUCAAGUACUGAGCCCACGGCACCGAGCCCACGGCACCGAGCCCACGGCACCGAUCCCACGGCACCGAGCCCACGGCACCGAGCCCACGGCACCGAGCCCACGGCACCGAGCCCACGGCACUCAGCCCAUGGCCAUGACAGACUGAUCUCAGGGUUAUAGUGCACAGACUAUUGUCAGACUUUUAUGUCCUGCUGUCUUGGCUGUCAGUAGCCUGGACUACAGUAUGCAUGUGGAUUGUUGUUCAUCUCUAGAUUAUGGAGGGUUGUCUUGGCUGUCAGUAGCCUGGACUACUGUAUGCAUGUGGAUUGUUGUUCAUCUCUAGAUUAUGGAGGGUUGUCUUGGCUGUCAGUAGCCUGGACUACAGUAUGCAUGUGGAUUGUUGUUCAUCUCUAGAUUAUGGAGGGUUGUCUUUAUGCACUCCAAUAGCAUGUUACUUGGUCCUCUAUGCUGGUCCUCUAUGCUGGUCCUCUAUGCUGGUCCUCUAUGCUGGUCCUCUAUGCUGCCAAUUGGUCCUCAACUUGGUCCUCUAUGCUGGUCCUCUAUUUUGGUCCUCUAUGCUGGUCCUCUAUGCUGGUCCUCUAUGCUGGACCUCUAUGCUGCCAAUUGGUCCUCAACUUGGUCCUCUAUGCUGGUCCUCUAUGCUGGUCCUCUAUGCUGGUCCUCUAUGCUGGACCUCUAUGCUGCCAAUUGGUCCUCAACGUGGUCCUCUAUGCUGGUCCUCUAUGCUGGUCCUCUAUGCUGGUCCUCUAUGCUGGACCUCUAUGCUGCCAAUUGGUCCUCAACUUGGUCCUCUAUGCUGGUCCUCUAUGCUGGUCCUCUAUGCUGGUCCUCUAUGCUGGUCCUCUAUGCUGCCAAUUGGUCCUCAACUUGGUCCUCUAUGCUGGUCCUCUAUGCUGGUCCUCUAUGCUGGUCCUCUAUGCUGGUCCUCUAUGCUGCCAAUUGGUCCUCAACUUGGUCCUCUAUUCUGCCUUGCCCAAUUCUUCUUCUCUUGUUAUUUUGUAACGUUAUACUCCUGUGGCGAUGUGUUUAUUUAUAUUGUUACUUCCUGAAACAUCUGUUGGCAUCUGUAUUAUUGAGUUUGUUUGUUUGUUUGUUUGUUUGUUUGUUUGUUUGUUUGUGUGUUGACUUAUUCAAACUUUGUAGAAAAUGUACUGUGAAUCAACUAAUUUAAACUUUGUAGAAAAUG